CAUGAGCAUAAAAGGGUCAUAUGCCUCCUCAUUAUUCCAAUAGAUCAGCCAGCAGGUUGCUUCACAAGGUCGAGCAUUCAGUCCUCGCUCUGGUGCCUCUCCAGCUUGUUUGACUCUCUGAUUGCCUCUCUACUGUCACCAUGAAGUCUGCUAUCCUUCUUGGCCUCACUGGCCUUGCUGCCAACGUGCACGCUCAUCCCGCUCCGAAGCUGGAGACCGCCUCUGGCCUGGCCAAGCGCGGCAUUGAUAUCAGCAAGUACAGCCUGCCUAGCUUGUCUGACUACACUCCUUCGACACACGUCGAGGAGGAGGCGUCCAUCCAGGCUGAGGGUUUCAAGCGUGACUACGUCGCCACUGCUACCCGAGCUGUCAAGCGAGCUGCCCCCAACGCGGAAUUCCGUGUCGUUCCUGACCACUAUGUCGACGUUGACGGCAUUGGCCACGUCCACUUCAAGCAGACAGCUCACGGCAUUGACAUUGACAAUGCUGACUUCAAGGUCAACAUUGGCCGAAAUGGCAGAGUCUUCUCUCACGGAAACAGCUUCUUCUCUGGCAAGAUUCCCGCAGAGAGCCCCCUGACGAAGCGUGACUUCUCCGACCCCACGAAUGCGCUCAAGGGUGCUGUCGACAUCUUGGGUCUCCCCAUCCAGGCCGAAGGCGCCACCGCCGAGGCCCAGGAGGGAACUGAGAAGUACACUCUCAAGGGCACUUCUGGUGCUGUCAGCGACCCCGAGGCCCGCCUGGUCUACAUCGCCAAGGAGGACGGAACUCUGUCUCUGACCUGGCGAGUUGAGACCGAUGUCGUGGACAACUGGCUGCUCACCUACAUCGAUGCUGCCACCAACAAGGAGGUCCACGGUGUCGUAGACUACGUUAGCGACUUUGCUACCGUCGAGGUGUUCCCCUGGGGCCUCAACGACCCCACGGAGGGUGACCGCAAGACCUUCACUGACCCGUGGAGAACCGAUGCUUCUCCCUUCACCUGGUUCGGCGACGGAACCACCAACUACACCACCACGCGCGGCAACAACGCCAUUGCCCAGGUCAACCCCAACGGAGGCAACGACUACCUCAACAACUACCGCCCAACCAGCGCUACCCGGGCCUUUGAGUACCCCUUCUCGCUGACCCAGACCAACCCCACGGACUACCGUGACGCCUCCAUCACCCAGUUGUUCUACACUGCCAACAAGUACCACGACUUGCUGUACGUCCUCGGCUUCAACGAGGUUGCCGGUAACUUCCAGGCCAACAACAACGGCAAGGGUGGUCUGGGCAACGACUUUGUCAUCCUCAACGCCCAGGACGGCUCUGGCACCAACAAUGCCAACUUUGCCACUCCCGCUGACGGCAGCAAUGGCCGCAUGAGGAUGUACAUCUGGACUGUGUCCACCCCCCGACGUGACGGCUCUCUCGAGGAGGGCAUCGUCAUCCACGAAUACACCCACGGAUUGUCCACCCGUCUCACCGGUGGUCCUGCCAACUCCGGCUGCCUGUCCGGCGUCGAGGCCGGCGGCAUGGGCGAAGGCUGGGGCGACUUCUACGCAACCGCCAUCCGCCUCAAGGCCGGCGACACCCGCGCCACCGACUACCCCAUGGGCGCCUGGGCCGACAACAACCCCAAGGGCAUCCGCCAGUACCCCUACUCCACCAGCCUGACCACCAACCCGCUCACCUACAAGUCCGUCAACUCCCAGAACGAGGUCCACUCCUCCGGCACCACCUGGGCCUCCAUCCUCUACGAGGUCCUCUGGAACCUCAUCGACAAGCACGGCAAGAACGACGCCGAGUUCCCGACCUUUGACUCCCAGGGCGUGCCCACCGACGGGAAAUUCCUCGCCCUCAAGCUCGUCCUCAACGGCCUCGCCCUCCAGCCCUGCACGCCCACUUUCGUCUCUGCCCGUGACGCCAUCCUCGACGCCGACCGCUCUUUGACUGGUGGCGACAACUUGUGCGAGCUGUGGACUGCCUUUGCCAAGCGUGGUCUUGGUUCCGGAGCCAGGUACUCUGCUUCCGCCCGAACUGAGAGCUUCACCAUCCCCUCUGGUGUCUGCUAAAUAUCCUUCUUGUGAGAAAUCAACUUUUGGAUGAGAUGUUUUUGAAGCGUGGAUGUGAGAAGUUAAGAUCUGCCGAAGGAGGGAAACAAUGGAGGCUGGUCUCUCGAAUCAUGUAAGCAGAUCGGUAACCUGUUACCAUACCAAAUAAGUAAAAUGAAGUGAAAAAAAAAAAAAAAGGUUUCCCUGUGCCGCUGUUUCGGUGAUGUCAAAAUAUCCCAAGAUGCAGUCUAAAUGUUCUGUAUUUAUGUAUGCAACUUCUAGCAACAAGAAAUAUGAAAAAAAAAAUCACUUUGCCCCAGUUUUCCCUGUGGCAGGCGUUACACUUCCUCCUGCUGCCACUGCUGCCACCGCCGUCUUCUUCUUCUUUAGCUUCGCAACGAAGCCCAGUACUUUAUCUUUGAGGGCUCCGGAUGGAGCCUC